CAAAAUUAUACAAAUUAGUUUAUAUUAAUUUUUGAUAGAAUGAAUGUUAUGCAUAUAAUUUUUUUUUAAUAUAUGUAGUGCUAGUAUCUUGCGCUUUCUCUAUCUCUCUCUCUCUCUCUCUCUUUCUCUCUCACUCUCUCAGUUUUAGAUAUGAUUUAUUUAAAUGACAAUCCACUUAGUGCUGAUCCCAUCGUAUCAUCACCGGGUCAUAUAAAACGAUUUUACAAGAAACAUCGCUUUUGGAAAGCUACAAUCCGUAUUAUUAUUUUAAGUUCUCUUAUUGUUCUUUGCAUUUUUUAUUUCUUUGGACCGAAUGUUGAAUGGAAAUCCAUUUCUGAUUUUAACUAUUCAAAAGACGCUAAUUUUAUGAACUAUCUAUGCUCAAAUCAACCAGAAUCACAAUUACUAUUAUUAGAGCAUCAAAAAGUAGAGGGAUAUAACUUCUUUGAUGAGGUAGAUACAAUUAUUCCUGAUGAAGUCUGGAAUAAUUUACCCGUUAAAGCUGCUUAUUAUAUGAUUGUUCGUAAUGAAGAUCUCUUGGACUCAAGGUCAGUCAUCAAAAGUAUGGAAGAUCAUAUGAAAAAUGGUACACGUUAUCCCUGGGUACUUCUCAAUAACCAACCAUUUACAUCUCAGUUUAAGAAAUAUAUUAGAAAAGUGACAAAUGCACCCAUUUUUUUCGGUCGUAUUGAUUUGAGGACGUGGGAGUAUCCUUAUUGGAUUGAUGUACCUAAAGCAGAGUAUCUAAUGCUCGAACAAGGAUUGUCGCAUUCGAUUCAUAAGGGCAUUAGUCUUAGUUAUCAUCAAUUGUUGCGAUAUCAGACCGGGUUCUUCUUUCAUCAUCCUUUAUUGAGAGAUGUUGAAUAUACUUGGCGUGUAGAACCUGGAGCAGAUUAUAGCUGUCAUAUGGAUGAUGAUAUGUUCAUGUAUAUGAAAGAAAAUAACAAAUCUCUAGGUUUUGCACUUACUAUGAAAGAAUCCAGGGCAACAAUACCUACAUUGUGGGAACGUGUGAAUGAAUUUAAGGAGCUCUACCCCGAAUAUAUUCUGCCUUCAACAGCAACCAUUUAUCCUUGGAUUUACGAUAAGCAAAAGAAUUUUUAUAAUCGUUGCCAUUUCUGGUCCAACUUUCAAAUUGCCAAUUUAUCCUUCUUUCGGUCUGAAGCAUAUCAAAAAUACUUUCAAUACCUUGAUAGCACAGGAAAUUUCUUUUAUGAAAGAUGGAGUGAUGCACCUGUACAAACAAUUGCAGCAGCAUUGUUUUUGAAAAAAGAACAAAUACACUUUUUUAACAAUAUUGGGUAUUCACAUUCAGUGGCCUCGCAUUGCCCUUACAAUGAAACACUUUUACAAAAAUGCAGUUGCGACAUUAACUCUAAUUAUGAUUUUCAUCGUGGUAGCUGUACUAAACGAUUAUUAGAGUUAAUCGAUCCAGAUACUUUGAAUGAUAUGUAUAAUUUUAUCCGUAAAAAAAAUAUUACGAUGUCUAUAGGAAUAAAAUAAAGUUUUG